AGUGCAUGUUAAUGGGACACCCCAGACAAAGGGGCACAGAUCCCCAAAAUCCAGAUGUUGGCUGUUUCCAAGCCUUGGAUGCCAUUCUGAACCUCAAGCUGCUCUCCGUAUUGAACAUGGUGUCUGGCCGUGUGCAUAUGUACCCAGUAACUGAAGGGGAGACACUGCAGUCUCUGAAGACCCGCGUACAACAGGACACUGGCAUUCCUGAGGACGAGCAAGAACUAUUACAGGCUUCAGGUCUGGCUCUGAAUCCCCACCAACCUCUCGUACAAUAUGUGGCAGACAGCAUGGUCAAUGAUGGGCGUCAGGGGGAAUGUGACCUGAUAUUUCUCUUUGAUAAUCGGAAAACAGUGUAUGAACCCCAGAUUUCACACCGACCUCAUCCUGACAGUGUUGCCUAUGUUUUGCAGGAGCCCAAACACACUCUGUCCUAUGUACAACUCCGCAGAGUGUGGGGACAGAUCUGGCAGACAAUACGAAUGUUGAAAGAGGACUGUGCCAAGUUGCAGAUGGGACAACGUGCCACUAUGGUUAACCUACUACGAUACAAUACUGAGCUUUCCAAAAAGAAGAACCUCAUGACCUCAGAGUGUGAGCAGCUAAAAGCUAAAUUGGAUUUUUUCCGCAGCAGUAUCCAGAUUGAUCUAGAAAAAUAUAGUGAGCAGAUGGAGUUUGGCAUCACCUCUGAAAAGCUGCUGUCUACAUGGAAAGAGAUGGAGCAGGCAGUUGAGCUGUGUGGAAGAGAGCAGGAAGUACAGCACUUAGUGGAAAAAAUGAUGGCCUUGCAAACAGACAGUGUGGAUCUGCAAAGAAAUCCACUGGGCAGGAGGCAUCGUGGGACUCUGGAUGACAUAGAGGAGCAGGCCAAGGAACUUUACAAGAAACUGCGAGAGAGGCCGAGAGAUCAGAGACCAGGAGGGGACAGUCAAGAGAUGGUGCGCCUCCUUCUGCAGGCUAUUCAGAGCUUUGAGAAGAGAGUUAUUUUAAUAUAUGACCAGCUCAGCAAAACGGUGCUGUGUAAGAGGAAAGCUCUGGAGCUUGCUCCCCGGGUGAAGGAGGUUAUGAGCUUGAUGAGAGAAGAUGAGAAGAUGGUAGUGAGGAGACAGGAGAAGAGGCAGCAGGAGCUCUGGGACCUACUCAGGAUUGCUUGUAGUAAAGUUCGGGGUCCUGGAAUCACCCCCCCUGUUCAGGAGACUGUGAAGAAAAGGUAA